AUGGAGGGCCCUGUUAAGUCCCGAGAAGGGGAACAUACUUCCACGACUACGAGGUGGGGGCCUCCAGCAGUCCUGAGAAGGGGUAACACUCACACAACUAUGGCGGGUGCCUACGUACCACCUGACCUUACGAACCAUCGAAAAAAGUACGUGGAUAUCGAUAAAUUCUGGAAUGAAAUUGAAGGUGAAUCUCUGGAUAUAGAGCAUGCCAAAGAAAAAAAACAAUUACAGCUGGACCAGUUGAAAAUAGCUCGUGUUAUGACAAAGGGAAUUGAAGAUGGCGUUGGAAAUAUUAUGAAAAAUGUCAAUACGGAGCUGGUCGAGUCAGCUAUUUAUCUUAAAAGAAGACGAGAAGUUGAUUACAAAGAAGAUCGAGAUGGGUACACUACGCCUUGUCCAAACAGUCUAAUAGUGAAUAAUCCGGCGGACGAACCGAAACCAAAGAGACGGGUUAAGACUGAUGAUCAGUCUUGCACUUUAUCUGCCGGAACUAGUGAUGAUAUGUACAAGAGUGUGGAUGACGAGUCCGAAGAAUCCGAAGAGAGCGAUGAGGAAGACAAAUUGAGGCUAGACGUGGAAGAAAUUGGGUUCGAAGAAUACAUCGAUAAAGGGAAUAAACCCUCAUAUCGAUCCAAAGCGUUAGCUCAUGCGCAAAAUUCUGGUCUGCUAAUGACGAAAAAUUAUCACGAAAUAUUGAGUCUAUCCCAUAUUCUUUUACUACAAAUGGAUAAUUAUUCGGAAACGCAAGUAAAAACGUUCUCUAGGGAAAUGCUCGAAGAUCUCAGAAAGGAUAUUAAAUCAAAGUUAAUCGGAAAAGAAAAAGUAACAAAGGACAUAAAAUCAAUCCUACGAGAGUACAUUGAGGUUGCUCUUGACGAUAAUGAUGGUGGAUUACACGAACUUCGCGAAACCAUCACUGAAUCUUUUUCGAAAGAAUUUAAUUCAACAGCAGAGAAAGAAUUUCUUCGACGAAUGAAUUUUCUCCUUGAACAUCU